AUGACUGCCUCAGAUGGAGUUCAGGAGAGCUCUCCAGUCACUGUUAAUAUCACUGUGAUUGACGCCAAUGACAACACACCUACCUUCCCUAACGUCUCCUACAACGUGAAUGUCUACACAGAUAUGCAGCCUGGAGACACAAUCUUACAGCUGACAGCAGUGGACGCUGAUGAGGGUCCCAACGGGUUGGUGAGCUACAAAAUCUUGGCAGGGGAUCAGGGACACUUCACCAUCAAUGACUACACAGGAAGGAUCACCGUGCUGCCUGGUGUCAACCUGAACGUGGGCCGCUCCUACGCCCUCACCGUUAGGGCCUCCGACAACGGCCCUGCAUCCCAGAGAAGAAGUUCCAUCACUACAGUGUAUAUCGAAGUACUGCCCCCCAACAACCAGAGUCCUCCCCGUUUCCCUCAGCUCAUAUACAGCCUGGAGGUCAGUGAGGCCAUGAGGACUGGAGCCACACUGCUCAACAUACAGGCAACCGACCGUGAAAGAGAUCUCAUUACAUAUACCAUCCUGAGAGGAGAUCCAAACAACAUCUUUGAAGUCUCCCAAACGUCUGGCCUGUUGUUGCUGGCGAAGUCGCUGGACAGAGAGCUCACGGAUCACUACACGCUAACGGUCACGGCCUCCGAUGGCAAACCAGAUGGGACCUCGACCGCUACGGUGAAUAUAAUGGUGACUGAUGUCAAUGAUAAUGACCCUGAGUUCGGUCUUCUGCUGCCCCUUAAUCUUACAGUUCAAGAGGAAGAGGAAAAUGCUUUUGUGGGUCAAGUAAAGGCCACUGAUCUGGACCUGGGUGUUAAUGGGCAAGUCCGUUACCGACUGGUCAGUCACAGAGAUCUCUUCAGGAUCAGCACUGAUGGCAGUAUCUUCACAGCUGUGCCUCUGGACCGUGAGGAAAGGGCUCAGUAUGAUUUGGUUGUGCAGGCUUCGGAUGGGGCCAAAGACCCUCGCCGGACCACCGUCACACUCUCCAUCAAAGUGCUGGACGUGGAUGACAACAGUCCAGCCUUCUCCCAGCCUGCAUAUCACAUCACACUGCCAGAAAACAGCCCGGUGGGCAUGAUCAUCCUAAAUAUCAGUGCACUGGACCCCGAUCUGGAUGCGAACAUCACGUACCGUAUCAGGACUGAGGAGGCCAGAGAGCUGUUUGCAGUGAAUCCUCUCACUGGAGAGCUGAGGGUGCUUCACUCACUUGAUUUCGAGAAACUCUUACCAAAUGGGACAACAUGGAACUUUGUGGUAGAGGCUGUGGAUGGCGGAAGUGGCAAAAUGCCACCGGGGUUGGCCUCUGUUACCGUCACUGUGUUGGACAUGAACGACUUCCCACCAGUGUUCAGUCAAAUGCUGUACCGGGGAAUGGUGGCGCCCAAUGCAAUCAAGGGGACCAUAGUGACCACUGUACACACUGAGGACCUGGACCCACCGGGUACAGCGGCCAGUCGGGUUCACUAUAAAGUGGAUCUGGAGCAGUUUCCUUACAGCACUAGUAUCUUCGACGUGGAGGAAAACUCUGGCAAUGUUCUCACCAGGGUCAAUCUGAAUGAGGAGCCCAACACUAAAUUCAGUUUGGCAGUUAUUGCCUAUGAUGAUGGGGAGCCAGUGAAGUUCAAUAAGACUCUGGUGGAGAUCACUGUCCUGCAGCCGUCCAUCAUUCCUGUGUUCACGCAGGAGGAGUACAGGUUCUCUCCGGUCAGCGAAAAUGCCCCUGUGGGAACGGUUGCAGGAGUCAUCUUGGCGGCAGUCAUAAACCAGACCAUCGUCUACUCCAUCAUCGAUGGAAAUGAGGGCGGUGAAUUCAUUGUGAACAACAUCACUGGAGUUAUCAGCACUGCCAAGCCACUGGACUACGAGAGCAACAGCAGUUACGUCCUCCGUGUGGAAGCCGACUCCAUGAGGGUGGUGUCAUCCAACCUUCGAGCCCCAUCCAAAAGCAACACAGCAAAGGUCUUCAUCGAUGUGCAAGAUGAGAACGACCAUCCUCCUGAGUUCACUAAGCCCUUUUACCUCGGUGGGGUUGCAGAGGAUGCCAAGACCUUCACCUCUGUUUUACAGGUCCAGGCUGUGGAUAAGGACACAGGGAAUUACAGCGCCAUGCUGUACAGGCUGAUUAUCCCCCCAACUACUGACGGCAAAGACGGCUUUGUUAUUGAGCCCUUCACAGGAGUAAUUAAGACAGCCAUCAUGUACAGAAACAUGCGGCGCUCGUACUUCAAAUUUGACGUGGUUGCUACCGAUGACUACGGGGAGGGACUCAGCAGCAGCGCUCAAGUGGUGGUGUCAGUGGUUAACCAGCUGGACAUGCAGGUGGUCGUAUCCAACGUGCCGCCCACUGUAGUUGAGCAGAACAAGGAUCAGCUGAUUGGGAUUUUAGAGCGCUACGUGCAGGACCAGAUCCCAGGAGCUAAAGUUGUUGUGGAGUCGAUCGGACCGCGUCGUUUUGGCGAGGGUUAUGAACAGGAGGACUACUCAAAAUCUGACCUGAUGAUUUAUGCAAUCGACCCUCUGACCAACAGAGCUCUCUCGAGACAGGAACUCUUCAAGUUUUUAGAUGGGAAGUUAUUAGACAUCAAUAAGGAGUUCCAGCCUUAUCUAGGUCGCGGAGGACGCAUUCUGGAGAUCCGCACGCCGGAUGUGGUGGAGAGCGUGAAGAAGGCGGUUCAGUCUGUUGGAUACACUGAAGGAGCCCUGCUGGCCCUGGCCGUCAUCAUCAUCAUGUGCUGUAUCCCAGCCAUCCUCAUCGUCAUCAUCACCUACCGGCAAUUCAAAGAACGACAGGCAGAGUGUGCAAAAACAGCCAGGAUUCAAAUGGCACUUCCCACUGGCAAAUCCGGAGGCGCUGCCACCAACAAUCUGUAUGAAGAACUCGGCGACAGCACCAUGAGAGGCUACGGGCAUCAGGAGCAACAGCAGUUGCUUCGGCCCUCUCUCUUGAGACCAGAGGAACUCUCCAUGGAGUCUGGUAUCGACCCAGGACAGGAUUAUUAUACACAGGAUUACUACAAUUAUGAUCAUGGCUAUGACUUACCUCAGUAUGGGAGUCGACGGAAGCUGAUCUCUCCAACAGGGAUGUAUGAUGAAUAUGGAGAGGUGAUUAUGGAAGAUGAUGGCAGCUACUACUACAGCCCACACGAAUCCGAGGGAGAGUAUGGCAGAAAAAAGAGGAUCAAGCUUAUUGUAGACCGUGAAUACGAGACCAGUUCAACUGGAGAAGAAAGUGCACCAGAAUUGUACAGGAACCGUCUGUCUAAUGUGAACAGCCACAGCAACAUUAAUGGGAGCAUAUACUUGGCCCAGAAUGGCUCAAUAAUCCGAACACGACGGGUUGCACACACCAACAACAUCAAGCUCAACUCUCCAAUACGACUGGGAAAGCACUUUAAGAAACUAGACAAACUUGCUGUCACACACGAAGAGCGAAUUCCUUUAAACAGCCCCGUAAUCACAGGCGCUUCAGUAGGUGAACAGAACCUCACAACCAGGCCCUCCAGUGGGUCCCUGGCCUCCAGCACUACAGGCCCAGAGAGUAUAGCUUCAAAAUCAAAUGUGGCAAAAGGAGGGGGUGAAAGAACACAAAAUGGGGAUGAACAAGAGUCCACAGUGGACAAUCAGGAGGUGAGGGACCCUUUAGGAUCACAUAGUGACCGCACCCAGUCAGAUGAGGAGGAGCUCUGGAUGGGGCCUUGGAAUAACCUGCACAUACCAAUGACAAAACUGUGACUUCUGACAUGCAGAUGCUCUAUUGUCUUAAAGAACGUGAGGGGGGGAUGAAUCUGCAGCAUAAAAUGAUGAAAUUGCACUUUCAUUCAGUAUUAUAUUUGCUUUUUUGUGACCCUGAACAAUGAGCUUAUCAAUGAUUGUUGCAUUCAUCAGUACCUUAAAAAUCCAUCAUGUU